CUUGAAUUUCAAAGGACUGAAAGGUUUUUUGAAAGAUGAAUGGACAUUGCAGCCCAGUUUGAGACAGCCAUGGCAAAGUCAGUUAAGAAACUUCAAUUUAGCACUUCCAACCCUUCUGUUCCAGCAAAUUUAGUCCUCAACAGGAUCUCCUUUAAUGUUGAUGGUUCCAUCCAGUAUAAAGAAAAGCCAUAUUUCUCUGCCUCCAAAGCCCUAGAUGCUUACAUUGACGAUUUUUACUUAAGCUGUAAGCUGCCUGAUAUUAAUGAUACAAAGGUUAACCUGCAUCAGAGCCCUCUCGAGUUUCUUGCUAAACUAAACAGUGAUGAGAGCCCCUACACUAAAUCCGCCAGCCAGACAAAGCCGCCUGAUGGAGCGUUGGCUGUGAGGAGACAGAGCAUCCCAGAGGAAUUCAAGGGCUCCACCGUGGUUGAGCUGAUGAAGAAGGAAGGCACUACCCUCGGGCUGACGGUAUCGGGCGGAAUUGACAAGGAUGGCAAGCCACGCGUGUCUAACCUGCGGCAAGGGGGAAUUGCUGCCAGAAGCGAUCAGCUGGAUGUGGGUGACUACAUCAAAGCAGUGAAUGGGAUCAACCUGGCCAAGUUCCGCCAUGAUGAGAUCAUCAGCUUGCUGAAGAACGUUGGGGAAAGAGUGGUUCUUGAAGUCGAGUAUGAGCUGCCGCCAGUCUCUGUUCAAGGAUCGAGUGUUAUUUUCCGAACGGUGGAGGUCACAUUACAUAAAGAAGGCAAUACCUUUGGUUUUGUAAUCCGAGGAGGGGCACAUGACGAUAGAAAUAAAUCUCGUCCAGUUGUAAUAACGUGUGUUCGUCCCGGAGGACCUGCUGACAGAGAGGGCACCAUCAAACCUGGCGACAGGUUGCUCAGUGUGGAUGGAAUUCGGCUUCUUGGAACCACGCAUGCCGAAGCCAUGAGCAUUCUUAAACAGUGUGGACAAGAAGCAACGCUGCUGAUAGAAUAUGACGUCUCAGUGAUGGAUUCUGUGGCAACAGCGUCCGGGCCACUGCUAGUUGAAGUUGCCAAAACUCCCGGUGCCAGCCUUGGGGUUGCCCUGACUACCUCGAUGUGCUGUAACAAACAGGUCAUUGUCAUAGACAAAAUCAAAUCUGCAAGUAUUGCGGACAGAUGUGGCGCCCUUCACGUGGGAGAUCACAUCCUGUCCAUCGACGGAACCAGCAUGGAGUACUGUACGUUGGCAGAAGCCACCCAGUUCCUGGCCAACACCACUGACCAGGUCAAGCUGGAGAUUCUUCCCCAUCAUCAGACCCGCCUGGCCCUGAAGGGACCUGAGCAUGUGAAAAUUCAGAGGAGCGACAGGCAACUUGCGUGGGAUUCCUGGGCCAGCGACCACUGCAGCCUUCACACCUACCAAUACCCUAAUGCGUCCCACCCCGACCGUUGCAGAGCUCCGGCCCUGCCAGCCCCAAAGGCGCCUCCUCCCAACAGCCCUCCAGCUUUGGUGUCUUCACCCUUCUCUCCUACCUCCAUGAGUGCAUACAGCCUGAGUUCCCUGAACAUGGGGACUUUACCUCGAAGCCUCUACUCCACUAGCCCUCGCGGGACCAUGAUGAGGAGGAGACUGAAAAAGAAAGACUUCAAAAGCUCACUGUCUUUAGCCUCGAGCACAGUGGGCCUGGCUGGGCAGGUCGUUCACACAGAAACCACAGAAGUUGUGCUGACAGCCGAUCCCGUCACAGGAUUUGGGAUCCAACUGCAGGGCAGUGUGUUUGCCACGGAGACGCUCUCUUCCCCACCUCUGAUUUCCUAUAUUGAAGCUGACAGCCCAGCCGAGAGAUGUGGGGUGCUACAGAUUGGAGACAGAGUGAUAGCCAUUAAUGGGAUUCCAACUGAAGACAGCACCUUUGAGGAAGCCAACCAGCUCCUCCGAGACUCUUCAAUCACGAGCAAGGUCACACUGGAAAUCGAGUUUGAUGUUGCAGAGUCUGUAAUCCCAAGUAGUGGAACGUUUCAUGUAAAGCUCCCUAAGAAGCAUAAUGUGGAACUUGGAAUAACCAUCAGUUCACCAUCCAGCAGAAAACCAGGAGAUCCCCUUGUCAUAUCAGAUAUCAAGAAAGGCAGUGUGGCACAUAGGACUGGCACCCUGGAACUGGGGGAUAAAUUACUUGCGAUAGAUAACAUCCGGCUGGACAACUGUUCUAUGGAAGAUGCGGUUCAGAUCCUCCAGCAAUGUGAAGACUUGGUGAAGCUCAAAAUCCGCAAAGAUGAAGAUAAUUCAGAUGAGCAAGAAAGUUCCGGAGCAAUUAUUUACACUGUGGAGCUUAAGCGCUAUGGGGGGCCCCUUGGCAUCACAAUUUCAGGAACUGAAGAGCCGUUUGAUCCUAUAAUCAUUUCAAGCCUCACUAAAGGGGGAUUAGCUGAAAGAACCGGCGCAAUCCACAUAGGAGACCGAAUCCUGGCCAUCAACAGCAGCAGCUUGAAAGGGAAGCCUCUGAGUGAGGCCAUCCAUUUGCUACAGAUGGCCGGAGAGACCGUCACCUUGAAGAUUAAGAAACAGACAGAUGCCCAGGCAGCAUCAAGUCCCAAGAAAUUCCCCAUCUCUAGCCACCUGAGUGACCUGGGAGAUGUGGAGGAGGACCCCUCUCUGGCACAGAAGCCAGGCAAGCUCACUGACACGUACCCCUCCACCGUGCCCAGUGUGGACAGUGCGGUAGACUCGUGGGACGGCUCUGGAAUAGAUAGCGGCUAUGGGAAUCAAGGCUCUGGCUUUCAGGCGUCAGGCUACAGUUUCAACACUUACGAGUGGAGGGGUCCAAAACAGAGAGGUAGCCUGUCCCCAGUCACAAAGCCACGAAGCCAGACCUAUCCAGAUGUGGGGCUGAGUAAUGAAGACUGGGACCGGUCCACAGUCAGUGGUUUUACAGGGGCUCCCGACAGUACGGAGGCUGAACAAGAGGAGAACUUCUGGUCCCAAGCGCUGGAGGACUUGGAAACCUGUGGACAGUCGGGAAUUCUGAGAGAACUCGAGGCAACGAUCAUGUCGGGGAGCACGAUGAGUUUGAAUCAUGAGGCCCCAACACCUCGCAGUCAGCUGGGGCGACAAGCCAGCUUCCAGGAACGGAGCAGCUCGCGGCCGCAUUAUAGCCAAACAACGCGGAGCAACACCCUGCCCUCCGACGUGGGCAGGAAGUCUGUCACCCUGAGGAAAAUGAAACAAGAAAUAAAGGAGAUCAUGUCCCCAACUCCUGUGGAGCUGCACAAGGUAACCUUGUACAAGAGCUCCGAUGUGGAAGAUUUUGGGUUCAGCGUAGCAGAUGGCUUGCUGGAGAAAGGAGUAUAUGUCAAAAACAUUCGCCCAGCUGGGCCAGGAGACCUUGGUGGCUUAAAACCCUAUGACCGACUCUUACAGGUUAAUCACGUCCGAACGAGAGACUUUGACUGCUGCCUUGUUGUGCCCCUCAUAGCAGAAUCUGGUAAUAAGCUGGACUUGGUUAUUAGUAGAAACCCACUGGCCUCACAGAAGUCUAUAGAACAGACUCUACCAGGAGGAGAAUGGAGUGAACAGAACAGCGCUUUUUUCCAACAGCCUAGUCAUGGUAGUAAUUUGGAGAUACGAGAACCCACUAACACAUUAUAGCAACGCUUUUUAUAAAGCAGGACAAAAGACAAUAUCUACAUGGUGCUAAAAUAUCGCUUUCAGAUUUCUGUGGCAUUUAAAGCACAGAUAAUCACGUGGCAUUAACCGCAAGCACAGGGGUCUUUUAAAUCUCUCUCAUGGCUCAUGUUCACUUCCCCUUUCAAGCUGAAGAGGUUUCUUCCUUGGUGACCACUAUGGUAUAUGGCAGCCAAUUCCCUGCCAAGCCCAAUGGUAGAGAAAAAGAAAAGUAGACGGGCUACCCCUCCCCCCAGUUAACAUCAGAGGAAAUUUUUUUACAAGGUCAUCUUCCAAUCACUUUUUAAAAAGAGAAAUGUCUGUUUGAAACUGUUCUCUAUGACAAUUUCCUUAAUUCACUUUGAAAUCAGUUUUCUUACCGUGAAGUCGUUAAUGUUAAGAACUUGACCAAGUCGUUCCACAAAGCUGGCUCUCCUAGGGGAACUCGAGUUUGAGAUGUGGCCGGGGACUGCUGCCAUGGGAGGGGUACAGGUGUAACAUUAAAGUUCUCUUAAAACGUUUCAGCGAUGAUGCACGUAGGAGACCAUAAUAGGUGGUGGUAAAUGUUUUGCCCCCAAUAUAGGAAUGAUCUUAACUAAGAUGUAUGCUACUCCCUAUGCAACAAACUAACAAACAGGAUAUGUCUUGUGACCUGUUUUUUUGUUUUUGUUUUUCUUUUUUUUUAAGGACACAUUUUUAAUAGCUGCAAAUCUCUGAUAAUGAAUUAGAGUGCUUAGGAACACUGAGAAUGAGUUAUCUUAUUUUUAAAAUUCAGGACUAAGAACUUAAGAGAGAAUGAAGAGUCUAUUAAAAUGAGGUUUAUCUUAAUGAUAGGCAAAUCAAACUCAUCUUGCUUGACAUGUUUGGAAAACUGUUUAUAGAGGGGUGUACAGGACACGUACUUUAAAAUGACACUGGACUAUCUUUUGUUCUGAGCCAUGCCACUUCUCGAAAUUGUAAAUACAUCUUUCACAAAAUGCAUUGCCAAUUACUACCAUCCCUCAAAGCAAUAAAUUGUGACAGUUGCUUUUAAUGUUUGUCAGCAACUGUUCUCAUUUGUUCAGAUAUUUUGAAUAGUUACACUAAUAACUGUUAUUUGGUGAAUAUUGAAAAAAAGAUAGAUCUGUAUAUGGAUUGUAGAAUCUCCAUAUUGAAAUGAUUAUUUUGCAAACAUCUUCAUUUUGGUCAGUAAUUCAAACGACUGCUUAGGUAAAGCAUUUGAACACUGUGUCCUUUGUUUAAGGAAAAAGUUCACCUUUCUUUUUGUGCAAAGAAAUAUAUUAUUUCGAUCAUAUGUCACAACCCGCCAGGGCAAGAAAGUAUAAAGCAGAAUCAUGUUAAGAAAAAAAAAGAAAAAAAAAGAUCAUGAGUCACUUAAAUAUGUAUUUUUAUUUGUAACAAACAAGUAUUAAGCUGUAAAGUAUUUUUGUACAAAUUUAAUACUUUAAUAGCAUGGUAUUUAUCGUCUAUGUAUGGUUUUGGGGACUUCAAAAUUGUUGCAAAUAUUUGUAUGGAAAAAAAAAACCCUCUACCAAAUGGAAUAAAAAGUGAUUU